AUGUCUGGUUACAAAAGAGGUGUGAUUGAUCCCACGUUAUUUAGAAGAGUAAAUGGUAAUCACUUAAUGCUCGUCCAAAUAUAUGUGGAUGAUAUUAUCUUUAGCUCAACUAAACAGGGCAUGGUGAAUAACUUUGCAAAGCUAAUGACAAGUAAAUUCCAAAUGAGCAUGAAUAGAGAUAUUAACUUCUUUCUAGGUCUACAAGUGAAACAAGUACCUCAAGGGAUAUUCAUUCGUCUAGAAAAGCAUACCUCUAAGCUACUGAAGAAAUACUCAAUUAACAAUUGUUCCUUAGACAAGGUCCCGAUGGCCUUUGGUUACAAGAUUUCAGUUGAUCCUACCGGUGAACCGGCUGACCACAAAACUUAUCGAGGAAUGAUUGGGUCACUAAUGUACCUUACCACAAAUAGACCGGUUAUCGUCUUUGCAACAGGCUUAUGUGCUAGGCACCAAGUUGACCCUAAAGUAUCUCACUUGACCGCAGUCAAUCAAAUUCUCAGAUAUUUAAAGGGAAAUAAAGCGUUAGGUUUCUGGUACCCUACGGGAAAAGACUUCAGCCUUCAAGCCUUCACAGAUGCGGAUCAUGUCCGAUGCAGAUUCGAUCGAAAAGGUACCUCCGGUGGCUGUCAAUUUCUAGGAGGAAGACUAGUCAUUUGUUCUUCAAGGAAGCAAAACGGUGUAUCGUUGUCUACCACAGAGGCAAAAUAUGUGGCCGCAACCAGCUGUUGUUCUCAAGUUCUAUGGAUGAAGACUCAACUCAUGGAUUAUGGAUACAGAAUGUUGCGGGUACCAAUUUACUGUGAUUUGGAGAGUGCAAUAGCAAUUUAUCAUAAUCCCUUUCACCACUCAAAGACGAAACAUAUUGAACUUCGGUACCAUUUCAUCAAGGAUGACAUCCUUAAAUGUAACAUUGAACUAAUUUUUGUUCCCACUCACAAGGAAAUUGUUGAUGUGUUUACAAAGGCACUUGAUGCUACAAAAUUGAAUAACUUUCUGGAAUUUCUAGGGAUGAUGAACCCAGACCUGCGAUUCUUUCUGAAUUGA